AUGCCGGUCUUGGACCAUCCUUGUCGCACUUGCCGUGGCGAGAGCACGGUGAUGAUGACCCGCGACAUUCGCAUCAAUGUCCCCGCAGGGGUUCGCAAUCUCAUGGAGCUUCGAGUCCCCGGUGCCGGGCACGCUGGCAGCCGGGGCGGAAAGGCGGGGCACCUCUUUGUGCAAGUGAAGGUACUGCCGCACGAGAGGCCUGGAGAUCUAUGUCCGAACGCAACACAGCAAGCAGCAGCAAGCCAAAACCCAGGACGUAGGAGUCCGACCGCAAUAGACCCAGCAAAUUGCAACAAAGCAGAACACAGGGGAUAG